CUUCGAUAAAGCGUCGUUUGAGAACAAAUGAGGAGAUCUGGAAAAUAUUUCCCCUUUCUUGGCGUGUUGAUUAUUUGCUUUGCAUCCAGUUCUGCAAGUUGACAAGAUCACAACUUGUUGAGAUCCUUGGCAACCUUAAAGAAAAACCUGAUGUUUCACCACUGUUGGUGGCUUUACAACGGACAUUGGAAUUUGAGGAAGAGUUAGCAGAGAAAUUUGGCAGUGGCAGCCGUAGCAAAGAAUCAUAUAAUGUCGAGGAUAUAGAUAGCCUUGGACAGAACAGUCAGACAGUUUCGGACAUUCGAAAAAAUAUGAGAAAAGGCUUGCUGCACAUCAUGAAAGU